GGGACUUUAAAGGAAGGCGGGAGUUGUGGAUGUUCAAUUUUUUUUUUUUUCUAACUGCUGUGUAAAAUGCAAGAAAGGAAACCAUGCGGGGAAAUAACACUUCCCCAGCUAGGUGUUUGCUCCACCUAUUGAAUCCCCCCUUCAUUCCUCAGAUACACGUGCUCCAGUAAAACAACGACGUCAAAGGUACAAGCAAAGCACGCCAGCUGCUCUGUUGUUGGCUGCACAAGCGGACAAAAAAGCCUGUUUUUACUUCCUACGCCUGAGGACCUGAGGACCCAGUGGAUUCAUUUUGUUUUUGAUGGAAAUGUACCCACAACAACUGCUAAAGUGUUGUAUGUGUGUGGUAACCAUUUUACUAUGGACUGCUUUCUCAACGAGAGCCAGUACAAAGCAGGACUCGAUACAUUUCUGAAGAUAAAGCAUGGAUCUGUACCGACUGUCCGUGACCCAACUGAAAACAUGGGCGCUGCCAGCACAUCAAGUGCAUCCGUACAGUUUGCUGCAACAAGGGAUGUUGCAUGCCAGACUGACCCACAGGAAUCACGCACACAGUUAUCCUUGAGGACUCUACAGCCUCACUUCAGAAGUACAGGUGUCCAGGCUACUGUGUCCUGCAAGGAUUUUGGUGUUAGGACAUUCGCAGAUGAUCCUCUCUCUUCUUCAUCAAUACCUAGAAAGAGAAAAAGACUUUCAAAGAGAUCUGCUCUGGACCUGGAGGAGGAGGAAGACAACGAUGAUCCAUCAGAGGGCAGCUCCCCAGUGGCAGCUUCACAAGGGCUAGAUGCGACCAAUGACCAUGCAGACUCUGUCACAGCCUUGACAGAGUCAACAGUUUUGUUAGAAGAAGCAUCCACUCCCAGCCACAAGAUCAAAAAAUACAUAGUGUAUGAGAACUGCAUUAUGGAGUUGUUUGCUGUGUGUCCUGUGUGCACAUGGGCGUGUGAUGUGCGGACGCGGAGGCUGGGGACAUUCUUGUCUGUGGAGCAGCGGUGCUCACAUUGUGAGUUCUACAGACGUUGGAAUAGCCAGCCUGUCCUCAGAAGCACUCCAGCCGGAAACCUCCACCUUUCUGCAGCUGUGUACUUGAGUGGAGCAUCUUUCUUCAAAAUUGAAAGGGUCUUCAAAACAAUGCAGCUGCAGCUAUUCCAGUAUGACACCUUUCGCCGGCAUGCCAGCACAUUCAUUGAGCCAGCAGUCAUUCGCCAUUGGAACAAUUCACAGGAUGUGAUGCUGCAGCGGCUCAAUCAGGAGGACAAAGUAAUAGUUGGUGGGGACAUGAGGACUGACUCUGCAGGUCACUCUGCAAAGUUUGGGAUUUACUCAAUGAUGGACCUCAAGACCAACACUGUUGUGGAUAUCCAGUUGGUUCAGAGCAGCGAGGUGGGUGGUAGCUUCCACAUGGAGAAAGAGGGCCUGAAGAGGAGCCUGACACUGUUGGAUGCACGUGGUGUGACUCUUGACUGCAUUAUCACCGACUGUCAUCCACAAAUCCAGAAGUUCCUCAGGAAGAGCAAAUUUACCCACUACUACGAUGUCUCGCUCAUGGAGAAAAGAAUUUCAAAGACACUGGAGAAGAUCAGUAAGCUGAAAGGCUGUGAAAAGCUCCAGAAGUGGAUGAGAAGCAUCAAGAACCACAUGCACUGGACUGCAGCUUCCUCAGCCACUGGGCCAGAGAGAGAGGGGCAAAGUGGACCUCAAUCAUCAACCAUAUACAAGACAUCCAUACACAUGAAGAUCCUCAUUUCCCCCCGUGUCAACACCCACUGCACCAGACAAGGGAUAAGAGGAAAUGGCUUUCAGCAGGAACUCUUGCCUUAAACAAGCUGAAGAAGUUGCUGAUGAACAAAAGGACUCUAAAGGAUGUGGCAAAACUGAGCCCCCACCACCAGACUUAAUCUGCGGAGGCUUUCCACAGCGUCAUCCUUCGUUUUGCCCCAAAGAAUGUUGUCUUUCCAUUUCUUGGAAUGCUGUGCAGACUCUACCUGGCUGCCAUGUACUAUAAUGAAGACGCUGACCGACCACAAGGCCAAAGCAACAAAGGCGAACCACUCUUCAAGGUCCAUUUCCCAAAAGCCAUGGAGGGAGAAUGCAGGACUAAGCCAGUUAAGACUGAACCAACAUUCAGAUAUGUGGCUGACAUGGUGGACCUCAUAUUUGAAAAGGUCUUUGUUGACCCGACACAGUACACAGAUGCUGUUUUGGCCAUCCCCAUUCCAGAGGACCUCAUUGCACAGUUGGAGCAGCCUGACAAGGAGGAGGCCAUUGCCAGCUAUGUGACUCGGUUCAAUCGAGGGGCGGUCUGAAACCUACGUAGUGGCUUUGGGCGUCAGGAAACUCCGUGCGGAUGCGUAGGACCACACAGGCCGGGAUGACUACCCGGAUUCUGUGACCAAGGAAGCCCCAGCACCAGCUCCCAAAACUCCCUGUGGGCUAGAUGAUCCUUUAACUUUGAAAAUGUAUGUCAAAA